AUGGGGCUUUUGGACUUGGCCAUGUUUGACGAAAUCAGGCGGAUGAACUUUCGGCAGCUUAUAUACCAGGGCCUGAACUUUGCGAUGGUGGUCUCAUCAGCUCUUAUGAUAUGGAAAGGUUUAAUGGUUGUUACUGGGUCCGAAAGUCCCAUAGUUGUCGUUCUUUCAGGCUCUAUGGAGCCGGCUUUUUUCCGUGGGGAUCUUCUAUUGCUUACCAAUGAUCAGGCCGAUCCAAUCAGGACAGGAGAUAUCACAGUUUUCAAAAUUGACGGUCGAGACAUACCUAUUGUUCAUCGAGUAAUCAAGGUCCAUGAGAAAACACCUCAAGAUACAAAAUUCCUCACGAAAGGUGACAACAACCAGGUUGAUGAUCGCGGUCUCUACGCACCCGGACAAAUGUGGCUUCACCGAUCCGAUGUAGUUGGUCGUACUAAAGGUAUUCUUCCCUAUGUUGGAAUGGUCACAAUUCUUAUGAAUGAUUAUCCUAAAUUGAAGUAUGCUGUUUUGGGUCUUCUCGGUUUG